GCCAUUUGCGUUUGUUUCUCUGCUAGUGCUCGCGACGAAGUACAGUGAAGUGUAAAUUUUGAACGUUAGUUUUACGAACGCGUUAAAAUAAACUACUUUAGGAUUUGCGUUGAGGAACAAUCUGAUUGGUUAAAACACGCAAAAUUGAACGGACGUAGAUUUGAGGCGGUUAUUUCUAGCUUGCUGGCAGGUCACCGAUCAUCUGGUGACUGUCGUAUGUCAUUGACCAGUUGCCGCACUUGAGUAAAAUGGGGAAAAAUCGUAAAAAACGUGCAAAAGGAAACCAAAAUGGCCAACCUCCGGGACCGGGACCUCAGCAGGGUGUGCGCCCUGCAGCAGCCGCUCCUGCGCCGCCCAGGCCAAAUCCUCCUAACGGAGGGGUUCGCGCUCCUACUCCCGGUCGCCCGACGAGGAAACAUCGUAAAAAACGUGCAAAAGGAAACCAAAACGGCAAACCUCCUGGACCUGGACCUCAGAUUGGGGUGCGUCCUGCAGCUCCUGCGCCGCCAAACGUGUGCUGGCCCAGGCCUCGUCCUCCUCACGGCGGGGUUCGCGCUCCUACUCCCGGUCGCCCGAUGGGUCUGCCGGGUCAAAGGUUUCCUAGGCCCCUACACAACUUCGGACCGCAGCCCUCGAGAAUGAUGAUGACGAACAACAUGGCCGUUAACAGACGCCCGCCGCUGCUUGGUGUUGAUCCGAGCUUUACAUUUGGACCGCGCUUCUGCCCACCACAGUUUGAUGAUCGACCAGGUUUCCCCAUGGUGAACCCUGGAUUCGCCCCGAUGGAGCGGUUUGGUCCAAGAAACCCACAUUUUAUGCAACCAAUGGAUGUACAUAACGUUCCUCUCUGUGGGAUAGCUUGUCCACCCCAAUCUCAGAAGAAAAAAGAUCAGCCGCCACUGAAAGACACCAAGAUCAAACUUCCCAAGACGAUGGCAUCAAAGUUAGCAACGUUCAAGAAUAUUACAGCAAACAUGCCCCUUGGACGCUCUUUGGGAGUCAUUUCAUUUACUGGUAAUAAUUGUGGUUUCAUUGAACGGGAGGAUCUGAAGAAAUUUUCAUUUGACUUUGAUGCCUUUUUUGGAAUACGAGCACACCUGGUGCCUGGGGUUAAAGUGCAUUUUACUGCCAUGAAAAAUCUGGGAAAAGAAUGUGCGGUUGAUGUGAAAGUGGCCCCAGGAGGAACAGAGGACAUCGACAGUACAGUGUAUGAAGGCGUUGUUACUACAGCCCUUCCUGAUGGCAAAGUCAAGGAGCCUAAUCCUGGCUGCGUCAGGACCAUUCUCUCUUUGGAUCCCAUUAAACUGCCCUUCGGAAAGCAGGACACCAAUGUGACUCUUCUGCUUUAUGAUCGUGUGGAGUUCCAGUUGCUGACAGAUCUUAUUACUAGGGAACAAAGAGCCACACACAUCAAACCAAAAAUACCAGAAACUUUUCAACUGACUAAGGAAAUCAGAGAGAUGGGUGUGAUCAUGAACAAGACUGAUGGAACCCUGACCAUUAUGACAGACACAUACAAUAACCUGACUGCUUCAGAUGCUGACAGUUUAACUGAAGAUAAACUUGAUGUCAUGGAUGAAGUGGAGCUAACUGUUAUAACUGUGAAUGACACAAAGAAGGCAGUCCGACUCAAAAAGCUUCCCGAGGGCUCUGUUACCUUUAAUCAAGCAAAAAGCAAUGAAAAUACUGGAGAAAAGGACAACACACCUGGCACAGCCCCUGUUAAAGACAAGUUGAAGCUGGUAACCUCAGAGACUGAUUCUCAAGACUCUGCUGUCUCCUAUGAUGUGAGCAGUGAGAAAUAUGGGGAUACAGUUGUCAAAAUCAUGCCAAAGAUUUCCCAAACACAGGAAAUGGAGCAGAAGUACAAGCAAGAGCCCGAUUUGGGCCAACCGGUUUCAACAGUCGAGGCCACAGAGAAAAGUUUAUCUUUUAAGUCAGGUGACGUGAUCACAAAAGCCACCAUGUUGGUCGGUGACAAGGACCAGAUCAACAUCUCAACCAACAGUGUAACGAAGGAGGAGUGUGCUGUCAACGUGGAUAUUCUGCCAGGCACUUCCCAGGCGGACUCUGAAGAGCAACGAAAGAUAGGGUUUGUAGUCAAGCUGAAUGAUAAUUCUGGGUUCAUCAAGACGCAACAAGUCCCGCAGCUAUACUUUGACGUGAGUGAGGUCAUGGAAGAGACCAAACUCACUUUGUUUGAGAAGGUUGAAUUUACUUUAGUACCGAAUGAAGCAGCUGGAGGGCGAAAUCAAGCUGUUAGAAUAAGAAGGCUGAAAAAGAGCGUCUUCACGGCUGCACCAAAAUUAGAUGCCUUUGGGAAGAAAGAGAAGAAGAAAAUGGCCAUCAAAUUGCUGAAGGAUCCAAAAGACUAUAUCAAAGAUGAGAUCAAAGCAGGGCACAAAAGCAGUGAAUCAAUGGAUGUAGUCAAGCCAAACAAGGGAAACGACAAGGCAUCACCAUCAAUGACACAUCUGAAGAAGGCAAGUGAAAUUAAACAAGAAAAGACUAAACCUAAAGGAGAUCGGGCGUGGAACAGAAGCAGGGAAGAUAGUAAACACCGAUAUAGUCGCAGCAGAAGCAAAGAGAGUGAUCGACGCAGAUGUAGUCGGAGCAGAAGCCGCAGCCGAGACAGAAGUAGCAACUACUACAGAAGGUGCAGAAGUUCCAGCCGUGAGAAGAGGGACAGCAGAUACAGGCGCAGCCGUAGUCGGAGCAGAGACCAUUCAGACAGAUACCGACGGAGUAGAAGCAGAGAUAGGAGCGGCCGAAGUGCCAGGAAGAGAAGUCGCAGCCCAGCUCACAGAGAUGAUAGGUACAAAAAACAAGGCAGUAGUAAAGAGUCCAGCAUCAAAAAAAGAUCCGAAAUCCCCGAGGACAAUGUAGGUGAUGAAUUAUUGAGAAAAAGGAGAGAGCUAAUGGAGCUCAAUGAGUUGAUUGCACGCAAGAAAGCUAUUGUCGCUAUGGAGCAAAAUGUUAAAAAAAUUGAGCCUGAGGUUGAGGUAGACAAUGAACGUGGAAUUAAAACAUUUGAUUAUCAACAUGUGCAUCAGGAGAAUGUGUGGAUGCCUGACCUAAAACCAGUCAAGUCCAUUUUAAAGAAACAAUCUGAACUUCCACAUCCUCAAUCUCAGGCUUCAAGCAAGGAAACUGCUGCUUUUGUAAAGAGUGAGAGUCUAGACAUACAGAUGGGAUGCCAUCGAAGUACGAGUGCUUUUGACUUAAAUUCACCCAUCUUCUCCAAAUUUAAAAGUGAUUCUGAGAAGAAUUUGACCACUAAAGAGUCGGAUAAAAUGCUGUUACCUCAAAGUGAGGAUCCAGAAUUGGUGAGGAAAAAGAAGCAAUUAGAAGAACUAAGUGAGUCAAUAGCACGCAAAAGAGCAAUAAUUGCCAUGGAACAGAAGACCAGAUCUAUUCGAGAUGCACCUGCAAUGGAAGAGGAAUAUGAGUUUGACUCACACUCAUAUGACCAUUUUGUAAUGUCUAAAGAGAACUUAUGGAGCUCUGACAUAAAAUCUGAUGUUCAGCCGAAAAAAUCAAUUUUGAAGAAUCGCUCUGAGUUUCUUAGCUUUCAGAGUCGCACAACCUCAGUUGAUGAGUAUGAUCAACCAAGUCAAGAUGAUUCUGCUUUUAUAAAACCACCCCCUCAAUCAACAUCAGCUGCUCUUUUAGAUAGGUCCUCAAAUCCACAGCCUGUUCAUUCAGAUACUUUGGGCUUAUUCAACAGGCUCUUAGAGUCUUCAGCAACCUUGCGUGAGACUGAACCUUCUCCUUUUAACAAGCCAGUUGUCCCACAAUCAGUCACGCAAGCAUCCGAUUUAAGAUCUGUACAUGACCCUAAACCUUCCAGAAUGUCUAAAUGUUUCAAAUCUCAAGAUGACCAGCACAGGGCAUCAUCUCAUCAGACUCAUGACCACUCCCAUAGCAGUAACCCUUCUACAAGUCAGUCCGCACCAUCAGAACAAAAGUGCAACCUUACAACACAAAUGGAGCGCUUCCUUGGUGCUCUCAACAAGGCAGACUCCAGUAUUGUAAACUCAUUGUUUCAAGAGGCUAGAAAAGAUCUGGCUUUAAUGGGCACCCAGAAGGCCCCUCAACCACACAUUGAUGGCAAUAUACCCUUCAUGGAUGAGUUAUAUGAUCCUUUUAAGGAAGAUAAUGAUGAGGAUCAGCCUCUCUUUAGAGUUGGGAGUAAUCAUUUUGUCCAAGAACAAAUUAAAAGCCUUGUGAAGACUGAAACCCAUUUGGAUGAUCUCACAAAAGAUGAACGCUUGCCUCAAGAAAGAGCUGUAAAGGAUGGUAGUGACACUUCUUGGCUUUUUGGAAUGCAUUAUGAUGUAGAACCUACUGCAAAAGCUGAGAGUAAGAAACCCUAUGGUCAUCAAUUGGUUGCAGAUAAUUGGAACACGCAUGAAGAAGAUCCAAAUUGCUUUAAGCGAAGGAAUCAGUAUGAAGGAGUCACUGAGUUGUAUGCAACAGAAAACCAACAUUAUGCUGAUGACAACAAUCUCUAUAAUGAGAAUAGUCAUUCUGUUAAAUACCAUGUCCAUCCAAAUGUCCAGAACUCUUACGUACAGGACAGUGAGAUGCCUGAUAGCAAGUUGAACAAAAGCAUAGCUAUUCAGCAGACUGAAGAAAGCAAUGAAGAUAAAGAAAAAAAGGCAGAGAACUUUGCAAAAAUUCAGAGUCUUCUUCAAACAGUUGGACUUCAUCUAGACACAGCAGAGGUUAGCAAAUUGGCAGAUAGGACAAAAGAGCGGUUGUAUGGUAAGACGAUAAAACCUCAUAGUGCAUCCUUUGACCAAAAAAGGGAGCAAUCAGUGAGCGAAUCAGAGCGAAGUGGUAGAAGUAGAGCAGAUUCCUCGGACUCUGAUGGCUUCCGUUCGGUUUCCCCAGCUCAGUCCUCUAAUCGUAAGGUUUACAUGAGCUACAAGGACUCUGUUAAAUACAGAGAUGAGCACAAAGUGGAAGAUGUAGACCUAACCAGCCUUAAAAGAACCAUAAUGAACUUGAAAUCAACAAAAGGCACACAAGAACCUUCCAAUCCUUCAUCUGAGUCGACAACAGUUUCUCAAUUUUCAUACCAACCUGCAUCCACAUAUGGUAUUCAAACAGCUCAACCUGUCAGUUCCCAGUAUGCUCAAAAUUUCACCAUUCCCACUUUAACUUCACAAUAUUCCUACCAUAGUAAUGAACAAAAUCUUUGGAGUUCUGCCUCUGCUUUGGAUAGCAGUCAGAACACUAAUUUGCAGUAUCUUGCAUACCCCUAUGGCUUUGUACCUCCACCCCCUACUAUAUGUCAUGCCAGUGGGUUUCAAGCAGUGGCUCAACAUAUGAUGCCUGCCUAUAGUUCAUACCCUACACAAAUGGGCAAUCCUUAUUCUGUGCCCCAUCCACUCACCAUGCCAAUUCCCUAUGGGCCCCCACCUAUCUCCAACCCUCUCCUCUCUUCUACGAAUUUGUCCUACCCAACCCUACAUGCUGGUCAAAACCUAAUUGACAUAAAGACGCAACCUGUUAGGUGUCUCAAAACAAUAGAAACUACAAAAAUAGUGAAAAUGGAAGAAGUAAUUGCAUCAAUUAAUGCUAAACCAAAGCCAAAAAGAAGAGGGAAAAAGAAUGCAAUGAACACUCAAGCAAAUAACAGUCCAGCAAAAAGUUUGCAGGACGCGGCGGGGAUAAAACUGGUUUCUACCAUAACCGAGGAUGACAUCAAGGCUAAACAGAAGAAACGGCUUGAACAGUUUAACCAGAGAAUGAAGCUGAAGAAAGAGCAGCAAAUGGAAGCCCUGCGAUCACAUGGACAAAAUCGGAAUUCUGCACCAGGUACAAGUACCCCCAGUGAGAAAAAAAAUGUGUGGAUUUGUGGCCACUCUCUGGUGUUUUGGGCUGAGAAGAGGGCUACAUCCCCUGAGUUUGGUAUGCAGUUGGGCAUGCACCCAGACAGCGUACGAAUCUGGUGGAAGGGUGUGCAGGGCAUGAAGUGGGAACAGCUCCUGCCUUUACUGCUCCAGCUCAAAGACAACUGGCCCAAACCUGACAUGCUUAUAAUCCACUUGGGGGGAAAUGACAUCAGCACAACUGCUCCAGAGGCCUUCGUUGACACUGUGAAGAAAGACCUGACCUCAAUGAAGAGCAUAUUCCCUGAAUGCCUGCUGGUGUGGUCCAACACCCUUCCACGACAAACCUGGAGGGGUUCAGAAGAUGGCAAAGAAAUAGACAUCAUUCGCACGGCCAUCAAUGACAGCAUACAUCAAAUUAUGACUGAACAUGGCGGCUCUGCUUUGAGCCAUAACAACAUUAAGCCAGAUUUGGGACUUUAUAGACCAGAUGGUGUUCACCUCUCAGGUAAAGGCAUUGAUACGUUCAAUCUGAACUUACAGGACUUUCUGGAGAAGUGGGAAAGUGAGACUGAGACGAAGAUGGAGACAUCUGACCCAUCGGUUUAACAUUUUUUUAUAAAAUUCCAGAAUUUCAUUUGUUUUAUUCUGCUAAUGCAAAUGCCACUUGUAAAUUGCCAUUUCUGUCUUGUACUUUUCUAACUUAAAAAUGCAUUGUAAUACAGCCUAGAAUGAAAUGUAAUCUGACUUUUUUUUCUAUGCAUGCAAACAUUUUGUUCAUCUGUUAGAUAAAGUUUUUACAUAUUUUGUUUUAUGUAUUCAGUUAAGUAUCAAAUAAAUGAGAAAAUGUAAUCACUUUACUGGACAGUAUUUGCUUUUUAAUUAAGAAUCUUAUUUUAUAACGAGAUUUUGCAAAUGUAAAGGGAUAUUUUUUUUUAAUGUGCCACUUAGUUAAAAAGGUAUGACUCUCAGUAGUUGCAAUUUUGGGGGGGGGGAACAGUUAUUAAUUCUUUAGAUCGUUCAAACCAACACAUCUAAAGAACUGGAGAGGUAAGUUUGUAAAUUGUUCAGGGCAGUGUUUGUUUAUUGCAUAUACAUUUUAAAGAAACCCCCUCCAAUUUCUGCUGGAUUGAUGACACCUGUCGUUCAUAAAGUUAUACACUUCUAUUGUGUUCAUUUGUUAUUUUGAUUAAUACCUUUUUCUAUACCAAAUAAGUGUAGUACUUUUUUUUUUUUUUGCCAUGUUAAAAUCCAUCCUGCACGUUUUUCCCAAAAUCAGCGCAGAAACUUUUUUUUGUAAUUUUAUUUUAAUUUUAUUUUUUUAAACUUUUUGUAUUUGAAAUUACAAUGACACCUAGCAGUGUGCAUGCAGCUUAAUUCAAAAUCAAUCGUUUUUAAUUACAGGUGCCAUUGUUGAAAUUCACUUUUCUCAAUAAUGAAUUUAAUCCAAGAGUUAAUGUCCAAUAACAGGGUGGUUACUGAGAUUGAGUAGUUUUCUAUAGAUCAUGUGAUCAUAACAUUGCAGCCCUUAUUAAGGGACCCUCUCCAUGAAGAAUAAAACUGCUUGCAUAAGAUUACUGAUAUGACUGAAAUCUUCAUCUCAUGUCUUAAUACCUAUGUUUCCAGUCUACUGUUACUGGACCUCGUCACUUCAGUUACAAUGGAAACCUCAAAAAGAGAGAUGAGAAAGGACAUUAAAUGAUGCCAGUGAGUUUUUGGCUCAUGUAUGCAUCAAGAAUAUUUAACAUACUCUAAAAUACCUGCAGUGAGGACAGUAUGGACGUCAUGGCUGCAACUGUGUGGUCACCAGUAUGGAGUUAUGGAAAGUAAACCUGUAUCUACUUCACACUUGGAUGCAUCAGAUAAGUUGUUUUGAUUAAGAGCUGCUCUUUUUGCUGAACUGAUGUUUUCUGUGUGAUGGGAUUCAUUGCCACUACACCUGCACACCGAGUAACAUUAAGAGUUUGGACAUAGAUAUUGGAAAAAUGUAUAAAAAGUUAUGUAUAAAUUAAUAUCUAAAUUUAUCUCUGUCCUGGCAUUGGUACAUUUAUAAAAUGUCCUUUUUCAGCACACUUAUUUUGUGUAAAUAAACUGCCACACUCAUCCAUUAAGAUAAGCAAUUUAAGUGUAAGAAUCAUACAAAUAACAGGAAUUCUGUCCUUCUAUCAGCACUAAUAUGCUUCAUUUUGACAGGAAAGGUUUUUAACAAAGUAAUGUUGCAGACUGGGU